CAUCAUGGUUUCGCUUAGCUAUAUUUGUUUAGAAAUAUGGCAAAGAAAAUCAGAAAAAAUAGAAAAUGUGAAUAGGUUUGGAACUGCCCCUAGGGGUCAAUUCCUCCCUUGAAAACACACUCAAACGAAAGCUGGGUGCUUUACACACCUUGUGUGCAAUAGAAGGUCGAAAAAAGGGAUUGCCUGCGGAGCCGAUGUGACAUCAGUUUAGUGACAGAGAGAGGGGUAGGAGACAUACAUAAAUAUACCUAAGUAUUAAUACACAGUCGUGUGUAUGUAAAUGUAACAGACUGCAAAAACAAAAACAAAAACUGAAUAACGAGAUUGAAACGGAAAAAGAAAUUUAAUUAAAUUUUUGAGUUUUUAAAUUUAAAAAAAAAAUGAGUUAUUUCCCCUUUCGACCGACUUCGUUUUUUUUUAACGAUUAAAAAGAAAUAACAAUUAGUUAACCAAUCAACGACGCCGAUAUAAAAUCAACGUCGGCAAUUGGAAAGACGUUCGCUGAUUGGUCGAGAGCGCGAAUUUUGAAAAUUCAUAAUUGCAGCUGUUUUUUCAUCUUGUUUUUAUUCGUUCAGAAAUUCUCUCUGAUUUGGAAACGAACUGAAUUUGAAACGGGACUUGUUAAAAUUUACUUACUUCUUCAAAGAGCACCAUGGGCAACUGGAUAAGUGGAACCCAGGAUCCAGAAGCUGACGUUGCCACUCCGCCGCCAUCAGUGCUUUCCUUACAUCAACGGUAUUCCCUGGACCCUCGAUCCCCUUCUACAUUCUUCAAGCGUACCCCUAUCUUGGUGUGUGACAAACCAAAUCCAAUCAUCGAUCCGCGAUCACCAUCUUUUGAAAUCAACCGAACCCCUUUAUUCUGUAGCUACCACAAAGAAAAUGAGGUCACAACUACCCAGGUGCCACAGCCUGCCACUCCGUUCACAUCAUCACCGAUGGUAACCAAGAUCAAGCCACUGUGCUUCGAGGGGGACAGUGAGCGGGAGGAGGAGGAAGAGGAGCGCAUGAACGAGUCGUCAUAUUUGUCGAUCGUGUCCGAGCAGAAUAUCAGCACCCACCACAACAUCACCCUGGCUCAACCGGGCUACCUAAGCGACCAGAUGACCGAUCUAGUUACAGAGUGUUCCAUCACAGACCAACCAGACAUCUGCUGUGACAGUGUCUCCAAACUGGACGACCAAGGUGUCAGUGUGGUCAAGCUGUCUGAGCCAGACGACUUUAGCAACAGUGUGUCCGAGUCAGACAUUUGCAGUGACCCUGGUCAUCUUCCCUUGGACGAACAAGUUUCCACACAAAUUGCAGAGAACAAACAAAAGGAAACCGAAGAUGGGAAUCUGGAGAAGAACCAUUGCAGUGAUGCGGAUGAGGUUACAGACGUGACUGGUGAUGUGUUGAAUAUGGAUGUAGGCUCUGAUGGUAGUUACAUCAACAGUAACACUACUCCUACUACAACUAAUGAUGCUACUACUACUACUACUACUACUACUACUGCUGCUGCUGUAACUUGUACCGAUGCUGGUCAUAAGCUGCAGUUGUUUUCGGUUGGUGCUCUUGACCGGAAGGAGAGAAGCAAGGCCAGCAGCAUCCCACUCGCAGUGAAAAAAAAGCCAAGGACAGAGGCAGAGGUUGGUCAGUCUGCAUUUGACAAUUGCAAUGAGAAGAAUACAGCAAUGUCCCUGCAACAACAUCACAACAACAUCUACAAAAAUAAGAAGACAACGAAAGCAGUGGUUGCUGCUGCUGAUGCUGGUGGUGGUGGUGGUGGUGUUGUCUCUGGUGUUCGGUCACCACUGCAAAGUCGAAAUUGUGGAAGCAUCAUCGCUGGCAACAACAGGUAUCGGUCAUCUCUGGCUAAGAUGCCAGCUCGAGCCAACGUCAAUUCUACUGGCGGAGCAGUUGUUAAAACGGUUUCUAAGCCUGUUUUCAAUUGGGGUCUCGAAUCUAGUGAAGUCAAGUUUGUUCAUGAUAAAGAAAACAUGUCCAUUCGUUGGCCAAAGUGAUUGCACCACCCCUAACCUCAGUCAUGUCUUUUCUCUCUCACACCCUCUCUUUCCUUCUCUUUUGCUCUUUCUCUCUCUCUUUCUCUAUCCCUCACUUUUUUUUUUUUCUCCUUUAUAUGAAGACUAUGUGACAACUCGACUUCAUCCUUCAUGUAACAGUCGGCUAUACUGCUUUUAGAAUGGUACGCUCUUCAACAAUCUUCAGUUGGAAUACUCACACAGAGACACCUACAUGUGUACAUACAUACAUAUGUGUAUGUCCGUAUAUAAAGACUUGUCUUUGGUUGGUGCUCUUUUUAAAGUCAGAAAUCACUUUAGAAAUAUGUAUGUAUGUAGUUUUUUUUUUCUUCUUUAUAUUUUAUAUGUAUAUAUAAAUCAUUUUUUAUCAAUUUA